CUGGUUUCUCCCUGGUAUCCCCACGGGGACAUCAACAACUAUCUGGAGAAGAAUCCCAAGGCGGAUCACUACAAGUUGAUUAGGGGUGUAUGCAAUGGCUUAAUAAACUUACACGAUAACAAAAUUGUGCACGGAAAUAUCAAACCAGCGAAUAUCUUGGUUGAUUCUGACGGUAAAGCCGUGCUCUGCGACUAUGGGCUCCAAACUCUCCUGUGCGAUUUUCCGAUCACCAUCCAUUUCCAAAGUGUGCGAUACACCGCACCCGAACAUCGUAGGAGUUGCAAUGGCGUAUUCCAAGGUAGUAAGGAGGGUGACAUUUGGGCAUUUGGCUGCGUUUCGAUAGAAGUG